AAAAAAAAAAAAGAACGAGUAAAAGUAGCUUAAUUUAAUCACGUGAGAUCAAUUAGGUUUCACAAAUUCAAAUAUAAAAUUUUUUAAAGAAAUUUUUUAGAUCUUCCUCUUUUUGGCCGUUGGUAAGAAGAAUACUCAACAAAUGGCACCCAAGAUCGAUCCAAAUGAAGUGAAGAUUAUUUAUCUUCGAGCUACUGGUGGUGAAGUUGGUGCUUCCAGUUCCCUCGCUCCUAAAAUUGGUCCUCUUGGUUUGGCUCCCAAGAAGGUCGGUGAAGACAUUGCUAAGGCUACAGCCGAUUGGAAGGGUUUACGUGUUACAGUUAAAUUGACAAUUCAAAAUCGUCAAGCUGCUGUUUCCGUAGUACCAAGCGCUUCAUCUUUAAUUAUCAGAGCUCUUAAAGAACCUCCAAGAGAUCGUAAGAAAGAAAAGAAUAUUAAACAUUCUGGAAAUAUUUCUUUGGAUGAAGUUAUUGAAAUUGCUCGCCAAAUGCAUCCCAAGUCUUUUGCUAAAUCUCUCAAGGGAACAGUAAAAGAAAUUUUGGGCACUUGUAAUAGUGUUGGGUGCACUGUUGAUGGUCAAUCUCCUAAAGAUCUUAGCGAUUCAGUUGAAAGCGGAGAAAUUGAAGUUCCUGACGAAUAAGCUUAAUAAAAUUUUAUAUAAUAUUUGGUUAAUAUAAAUAAACUUUUUAAAUAUAAUAAAUGGAAGAAUAAUAAUGUGAAUUAUAUCUUUUUUUUUAUGAAUUUGUAAAAACAAAAUGUAUAGAUAAAUAAAUCAUUUAAAAUGAGGGUUGGUUUAUUUUUUUUUACGUGACAUAAUUUAUCACAGAACACAGAUUACUUACGUUAGCUAUGUAACACAAGAAAUUACCAGAAAUCCGAGAAAUUCGC